AUGGCCCGAGCGGUCCUUAGUAGUGAAAAAGGCGCCGCAUUCCUCGCAGCUAUUGACGCUCGUUUGGCUGCCUGCCGUUGUGGAGAUUCCAUCGAUGGCCAUCUACGAGUACCGUACUGGGACGGCAUUUGUCAAGCUUCUCAUAUGGUUCAACAGAAACGAAAUGAGAUCCAGCAACUGGUUGCUCUUAUGACAUCGUCGCAUGAUGCUGAGCUUCGGAUGAUGGCUGAAGAGGAACGAGGAGCGAUGGAGGAAGCCCUGUUAUCCGCCGAGAAGGAUCUCAUUGAUCGUAUUGUGCCUAUUACCGAGAUAGACAUGUUGCGAAAAUGUCAGAUGGAGUUCACAAGUGAACGUGUUCUCACUAGCACAGUACAGUAA